GAAAGCCAGUUUUAAAGAUGGCGGGUCCAGUCAUGGAUGCUACUUGCAUCACGUAUGAAGGAAUUAACUUCGAAGUAGAAACAUUUCCACCAACAAAGGACGAUGUUUGGGUACUAGGGAAGCACUAUAACAUCGAGGAAGGCGACUUACCCUAUCUAAACAAAGAUAUUAGGACAAGGUUAUGGUUCACGUAUAGAAAACAUUUCCCAAACAUUGGUGGGACUGGUCCAACGACAGAUUCUGGAUGGGGAUGUAUGCUGCGAUGUGGCCAAAUGAUGUUGGCUCAAGCCCUCAUUUGUAGACACUUAGGUAGAGACUGGCAGUGGGAUCCAGACAAACCAAAAGACCUAAAAUACCUACAGAUUUUAAAGGCAUUCCUUGACAAGAAAGACAGCUUGUAUUCUCUUCAUCAAAUAGCCCAAAUGGGAGUAUCGGAAGGCAAGCCAGUUGGAAGCUGGUUUGGACCUAACACUGUUGUACAAGUUUUAAAGAAACUGUCAUCAUUUGAUGACUGGAGCUCAUUAUGUGUGCAUGUAGCAAUGGACAAUACCAUUAUCGUUGAGGACAUAAAAAUAUUAUGUAAGCAAGACGUACCAAGGAAAUCCUGUGGUGAGUCAACAUGCUAUGACUGCACAGAUUCCACAUAUAGCGAAGAGCCCAUAAGAAGAAGAGGAGCAUCAAAUAAGAGCCCAAAGAAAACAAGUAAACCCCCAACACACAGCUGCAAGAAUACAUGGCGACCACUGGUGCUGUUUGUGCCUCUACGAUUAGGAUUGUCAGAAAUGAACCCAGUCUAUAAUGAUUCUUUAAAGGCAUGUUUCACAUUAAGACAAUCUAUUGGAGUAAUAGGAGGAAAACCAAACCAUGCUACAUAUUUUAUAGGAUAUUAUGGUAAUAACUUGUUGUACUUAGAUCCUCAUACAACUCAACAAACAGUUAAUCCAGAGCAAAUGAGCCAAAUUCCUGAUGGGACAUAUCACUGUGUUUAUCCGUGUAGAAUGGCUAUCAAUGAAGUAGAUCCUUCUGUUGCUGUGGGGUUUUUCUGCAAAAAUGAAGAAGAUUUUGAUGAUUUAUGCCUACAAUUUCAAAAGACUAUCAUUAAUGGCAAGAAAAGACCCAUGUUUGAGCUAGCCGUAGAGAGACCACCCCACUGGCCUGUCCUUGAGAUUCAUCCUCGACCAUCAGAAGACCUCAACACCAGCUGUCAGUCAGACUUCACAGUACUAACAUACGAAGAAGAACGAAAGUACGACACGGAUGAAGAAUACGAGAUCCUUUGAGCCUCAAAUACGCCGGACCGAUUAGCAUUCAAAAUUACUUAGACAUAAAAGGUAAUUAAGGUAAAUGGCGGGUUGACGGGGGUGGAGUUCAUGUGCUCCUAAAAUGAAGCUUUUGAAGUUAAAAUGAAGCUCCACCCUUGAAGCUGAAUUACUCCCUGAUUAAGAUUAAUGGAGAAGUGAGUUAAUUAAGUAAUAAAGAAUUAUCGAGUUUUAAAGAGAUUAAUAACAGCAGCAUAUAUGGCCUUACACGUGAUAUACGAAAGGUCUUGCCUGCCUUACCUAUUUUCCCGGCAUUUCACACCUCUGGGGCCCACUAAGGUUCUUAGUUUAUCCAAAUAAGUGCGCCCUCUCGAACACCAAAUAUCAGUAAGAGAAAUAAUACUCAAGGGAAUGAAUGGAAAAAUAACCCGCAUCGCAAAGGUAGGGUAGAAGACAAACCGAAAAUCUCCAUUAAAGGCACCUGGUCAUCAAGCAAUUGUUUUUCGUUUAUUUUAGUAUAUUAUUGCUGCUGCUUAAAAGAAAAAAGAAAAUUGCGCAUUGUUGUAAAUUUUUCCAAUGUAUAUAAUAUUUUAUCAGUCAUUGAAAUAAAAUAAAUAUACACGUACGUAUACGAGGAUGUGCUCCCACAAGUGCGUCAUAUAUGACGUCACGUUACGUCAUCUGAUACGUCAUUCAAUAUUUUUACACAGCUAUUUGAAAACAGGCUGUCGAAGGUUUUGUUGCAUGUUCCAUACCAAGCCCGAAAUGCACUAUGGUGAUGUGAAUGCAAUAAGCUAAUGGUCACAACGAUAAGGAAUUUUCUUAAUUAAAUUCGUCUACACGUUUUUCCGGCAUAAUUUUAUUUGUGACCACAUUAUUUAGAUUAUGGUACAUUACUCUCGAAAAUGAAUAUAAUAUUUUAAGCUUGGUAAGCAGCAUGCACCGUGCAAUAUGCAGCAAUGCAACAUCGAUCAAAUGCAACUAUAAGCAAAACCUUCGCCAACCUUUUUUUCAAUACUUGUAUGUAAUUAGAAAUCUAACGUAGUUGACCAAAAAUUGCGAGUUAACAUCA